AGGGCAAACCAUUGACUUCCGGCGUCAUUUUGAGGCGAUACGCCUGGCGGCCUGAUAGUGUUUUCCUUGUCUUUUCUUACUCUCCAGUCUCCCGUCCUUCCUUUUUUCUUCCGUCCCAGGCUCAUUUGACCCUGGCGAGGCGGCAGGCGGGUUCUGCUUCCCAGCCGUCCUGGGAGUCCCUCGCUAGCCGAGGACGGGUUCCUGGGAGCCGCGCGCGCACUUCUUUCUCCUCGUCGUCGUCUUCCCAGGGCCAGGCGCGGGGACAGAGAGUCGCCUCCCCCGCUCCUCGGAGCGGUGGCGGCCGUGCUGCCUCCGGAUUGCGCUUGCGAAAGGACCUCGAGGAGGAGUAGUACAAAAUGUCAAAAAUUAGAAGGAAAGUCACAGUGGAAAAUACCAAGACCAUAUCUGAUAGCACAUCCCGAAGACCCAGUGUAUUUGAGAGGCUUGGACCCAGCACUGGCAGUUCAGCAGAGACACAGUGCCGUAACUGGCUGAAGACUGGCAACUGCCUCUAUGGAAACACAUGUAGAUUCGUACAUGGCCCUUCACCCCGUGGUAAAGGUUAUAGCAGCAAUUAUAGAAGGUCACCAGAAAGACCUACAGGGGAUCUUAGAGAAAGAAUGAAGAACAAGCGCCAAGAUGUGGACACUGAGUCCCAGAAACGAAAUACAGAGGAGUCAUCCUCACCUGUUAGGAAAGAAUCUUCAAGAGGGAGACAUAGGGAAAAGGAAGACAUAAAAAUCACUAAGGAGAGAACUCCAGAAAGUGAAGAAGAAAAUGUAGAAUGGGAAACUAAUAGAGAUGAUUCUGACAAUGGAGAUAUUAAUUAUGAUUAUGUUCAUGAGUUGUCGUUGGAAAUGAAGCGUCAGAAGAUACAGAGGGAAUUAAUGAAGCUGGAACAAGAAAACAUGGAGAAAAGAGAAGAAAUUAUUAUUAAAAAGGAGGUUUCACCAGAAGUGGUUAGAUCAAAGUUAUCCCCGUCACCUUCUCUCCGAAAGUCUAGCAAAUCUCCAAAGCGUAAAUCAAGCCCUAAGUCAUCCUCUUCAGCGAGCAAGAAAGACAGGAAGACAACUGCAGUCUCUUCUCCCUUGCUGGACCAGCAGAGGUCAGUAAGGAAUUCAAAAAGCAACCAAAGUAAGAAGAAAGGACCUCGCACGCCUAGCCCACCCCCUCCUAUACAGGAAGAUAUUGCUCUAGGGAAAAAAUAUAAGGAAAAAUAUAAAGUAAAAGACAGGAUAGAAGAAAAACCAAGAGAUGGAAAGGACAGAGGGCGAGAUUUUGAAAGACAAAGAGAAAAAAGAGAUAAGCCAAGGUCUAGUUCCCCAGCAGGACAGCAUCAUUCUCCUAUAUCUUCUAGACAUCACUCAUCUUCCUCGCAGUCAGGCUCAUCUAUUCAAAGGCAUUCUCCUUCUCCUCGCCGGAAAAGAACUCCUUCUCCGUCUUAUCAGAGGACAAUAACUCCACCUUUACGCCGCUCGGCUUCUCCCUAUGCUUCCCACUCCCUGUCCUCUCCUCAGCGGAAGCAGAGUCCCCCACGGCAUCGCUCUCCACUGAGGGAGAAAGGGAGGCAUGACCAUGAACGGACGUCACAGUCCCAUGAUCGGCGUCACGAAAGGAGGGAAGAGACUAGAGGCAAAAGGGAUAGAGAAAAGGAUGCACGAGAAGAACGCGAGUAUGAGCAGGAUCAGGGCUCUUCCAGAGACCACAGAGAUGACAGAGAACCUCGAGAGGGUCGGGAGCGGAGAGAUGCCAGAGAUACUAGAGACAGAAGGGAACUCAGAGACUCCAGAGACCUUCGGGACUCCAGGGAGAUGAGGGAUUAUAGCAGAGACAACAAGGAGAGCCGCGAUCCCAGAGACUCUCGGUCUGCUCGUGAUGCUCACGACUACAGGGACCGUGAAAGCCGAGAUGCUCACCGAAAGGAGGAUGCUUAUCAGGAAGAGUCCCGGAGUUACGGCAGAAACCACUUGCGAGAAGAAAGUUCGCGCACCGAAGUAAGGAACGAUUCCAGAAAUGAGUCUCGAAGUGAAAUGAGGAAUGACCGGAUGGGCAGAAGUAGGGGAAGAGGUCCAGAGUUACCUGAAAAGGGAAGUCGAGGCACGAGAGGGUCUCAAAUUGAUAGUCACAGUAGUAGUAGCAACUACCAUGACAGCUGGGAAACUCGCAGUAGCUAUCCUGAAAGAGACAGAUACCCCGAAAGAGAAAACAGAGAGCAAGCAAGAGAUUCUUCCUUCGAAAGAAGACACGGAGAGAGAGAGCGUCGUGACAACAGAGAGAGAGAUCAAAGACCAAGCUCACCAAUUCGACAUCAGGGAAGGAAUGACGAGCUUGAGCGUGAUGAACGAAGAGAGGAACGAAGAGUAGACAGAGCGGAGGAUAGAAGAGACGAAAGGGCCAGGGAGAGGGAUCGGGAGCGAGACCGCGAGCGCGAGCGCGAGCGGGAACGGGAGCGGGAUCGGGAGAGAGAGAAAGAGAGGGAGCUGGAGAGAGAGCGGGCUCGGGAACGGGAACGGGAGCGAGAAAGGGAGAAGGAGCGAGACCGGGACCGCGAGAGAGAUCGGGACCAUGACCGAGAGCGGGAGAGAGAGAGGGAGCGAGACAGGGAGAAAGAACGGGAGCGCGAGCGGGAGCGAGAGGAGCGGGAGCGGGAGAGGGAGCGGGAGCGGGAGCGGGAGCGAGCCAGAGAGAGGGAGAAAGAGCGCGACCGCCAGAGGGACUGGGAAGACAAAGACAAAGGCCGAGAGGAGCGCAGAGAGAAGCGGGACGAUGCCCGAGAAGACAGGAACCCCAGGGAUGGACACGAGGAGAGAAAGUCCAAGAAGCGCUAUAGAAACGAAGGCAGUCCUAGCCCUCGUCAGUCACCUAAGCGCCGGCGAGAACAUUCUCCUGACAGUGACACCUACAACAGCGGAGAUGAUAAGAAUGAAAAACACAGACUCUUGAGUCAGGUUGUUCGACCUCAAGAAUCUCGUUCUCUGAGCCCGUCUCACCUUACAGAGGACAGGCAGAGUCGAUGGAAAGAGGAGGAUCGAAAACCGGAGAGAAAAGAAAGUUCAAGGCGCUACGACGAGCAGGAGUUCAAAGAGAGAGUUUCUUCUGUAGAUAAGCAGAGAGAACAGAUCGAAAUCACAGAGAGCUCAAGGACUCGGGCCCAAGAUGUGCUAGGACACCACCUGUCUGAAGACCGAGACAUGUCUGAUCGAGCUCAUGAUGAAAACAAGAAAAAAGCCAAAAUUCAGAAGAAACCUCUUAAGAAAAAGAAAGAGGAUGAUGUUGGAAUAGACAGGGGUACCACAGAGACAGUGUCGGAGGAUAGUCAAGUCUUUUCACCGAGAAAAGGCCAGAAGAAGAAAAGCAUUGAAAAAAAGCGUAAAAGGUCCAAAGGCGAUUCUGACCUUUCUGAUGAAGAGGCAGUCCAGCAGAGUAAGAGGAGGAGAGGCCCUCGGACCCCCCCUAUAACCUCCAAGGAGGAACUGGUGGAAAUUUCCAAUGAUAGGGAUGGCACUCUGGAGGAUGCUCAGAAGAAAGAAGAUACAGCGUUCAGUGACUGGUCUGAUGAGGAUGUGCCUGACCGGGCCGAGGGGGCGGAACCAGAGCACGGGGCCACAGCUGCCACUCCUGCAAGGACGCCUUCCCCAUCGUCUCUCCCUCCUCCGCCCCCUCCUCUGGCUGCUACAACCCCAGCUGCUGGUGCUGCCACCACCAUGUCCACCUCUGCCACCCCCACCAGUGGCACCAACACAGCCUUUGCCAGUGAAGACUCACACAGAAAAUGCCACAGAACACGAGCCGAGAAGGUAGAGGCACCUCAUGUGACCAUAGAAGAUGCCACACACCGCAAGCCAGUGGAUCAGAAGAGGAGCAGCAGCCUCGGCAGCAACCGGAGUAAUCGCAGUCACACCUCUGGCCGUCUGCGCUCCCCGUCCAGUGACUCUGCGCAUCGAAGUGGCGACGACCAGAGCGGUCGAAAGAGAGUCCUGCACAGCGGCUCAAGAGACAGAGAGAAGACGAAAAGUCUGGAAAUCGCAGGAGAGAGAAAAUCUAGGAUUGAUCAGCUGAAGCGUGGAGAACCCAGUCGAAGUACUUCUUCAGAUCGCCAGGAUUCAAGAAGCCAUAGUUCAAGAAGAAGUUCUCCCGAGUCGGAUCGACAGGUGCAUUCAAGAUCAGGGUCAUUUGAUAGCAGAGACAGGCUUCAAGAGCGUGAUCGUUAUGAGCAUGAGAGAGAGCGGGAGAGAGAGAGGAGAGAUGCAAGGCAGAGGGAGUGGGAGCGAGAUGCUGAUAAAGACUGGCCCCGGAACCGGGACCGAGAUCGACUGCGGGAACGGGAGAGAGAACGGGACAAGAGGAGAGACGUGGACAGGGAGAGAGAGAGACUGAUCUCUGAUUCCAUGGAAAGGGACAGGGACAGGGACAGGACUUUUGAGAGUUCUCAGAUAGAGUCCGUAAAACGCAGUGAAGCAAAACUGGAGAGUGAUCACGAAAGAGACCUAGAGGGCACCUCCCGAGACUCCGCAGCGUUGGAUAAAGAAAGAAUGGAUAAAGAUCUCGGGUUGGUGCCGGGAUUCGAAGAUGCAAGUAAAGCUGAGCGAACUGAGAGUGUGGAAGCAGGAGAUGACGAAUCUAAGUUAGACGAUGCACAUUCGUUAGGAUCUGGGGCUGGAGAAGGAUACGAGCCAAUUAGUGAUGAUGAACUAGAUGAAAUUCUGGCAGGUGAUGCCGAAAAGAGGGAGGACCAACAGGAUGAGGAGAAGAUGCCAGAUCCAUUAGAUGUGAUCGAUGUGGAUUGGUCUGGCCUUAUGCCAAAGCAUCCAAAAGAGCCACGAGAGCCUGGGGCUGCACUGUUAAAAUUCACACCCGGAGCGGUAAUGCUGAGAGUUGGGAUUUCUAAAAAGUUGGCUGGUUCUGAACUCUUCACUAAAGUCAAAGAAACGUGUCAGAGACUUUUAGAAAAACCCAAAGAUGCAGACAGUGUUUUUGAACAUGAGUUAGGGGCUCUCAACAUGGCAGCAUUACUACGAAAAGAGGAAAGAGCAAGUCUUCUUAGUGAUCUUGGACCAUGUUGUAAAGCAUUAUGCUUCAGACGGGAUUCUGCAAUCCGAAAGCAGCUUGUUAAAAAUGAGAAGGGCACUAUAAAACAAGCUUAUACAAAUGCUCCACUGGUGGACAAUGAGUUGUUAAGAUUGAGUCUUCGAUUAUUUAAGCGGAAGACUACGUGCCAUACUCCAGGACCUGAGAAGACUGAAGAUAAUAAACUCGCACAGUCCAGCAUCCAGCAGGAGCUCUGUGUGUCUUAAGACUGAAGUCCAGUGACAGCUGUGGUACUCUCUUCCUUCUGCAGCGUGUAUCCUUUCUCAGAGUUCUUUGGUUGGACAGGCGUUAUUAGUGACAAAAGGUAGAAAAGACUUAACAGCCAUGCUAGAAGAGUGACCAACUGGGAAGUUUAAAGACACUAAUUUCGACAAACUUAAGAUUUUCAUAAGUUUUUACACAGUACUUGACACUCAUGCAAAAUAAUGUGAAAGCAUCUAGAUUUAGUAGUUUGUUCGGUACCUUUUGUUAAAACUGAAGAUUUUGAAAAUGGUCAUCCCUGCUCUGCCGGCCUAUGCAGAUUUUCUUAUGAACUGGAGCCACUGACUUAUCUACCAGAUGUCUCUACAGAAACUGCAGUUUUCUUCAGAAACAGGGUGUUCACCAAACAAACGCACAAGCUGUGUGGCACCGCCCUGCUCAAGACAGAGGCAGGUGCUGUGCGUCGGUAGAGCUCCCGAAGGAGUAAGCCACAGGCCUGUUUUCCUUUCUAAAGUUCUAACAAAACUACUUGAGGGCUCUUUGGAUUCUGUUUUUUUUUUUAAAUAUGUGUGUGUUGUUACAGUGUAUAUUGGAUAUAUUUUGAUUCUAAAUGGUUUUGUUAUCAGAGACUGUCUACUAGUUUUAUUUUUUAAUAAAUGUACCUUCCCGUUCCUUGUUCUAGAUUUACUUUGCUCUUCAUCAGUCUUAUUCCUGAUGUACUGAAACACUGAUCAUUCAUGUUACAUGCUUUGUACUUGACAUAUUUUACUGCUCAAGUUCUUGUUACUGGACAGCUGUAAAUAACAUGUUAAGAGCUGAGGACGUACUUCAAAUACAGCUCAGUCGUACUUGAAACAGGCCAGGAGUUAACAAACCUAUGUAAUCUGAGCUUCAAAAUCCUCCUGUCAUACUUUUCAGAGCUAUAACCUUGAAUUACAUUUAACCUUCCUCCAGCCUAUAAUAUGUAAAACAAUUUGCUUUUUAAAAAUUACAGUACAGCUGAUUUUAUAUGUACAUAUUUACUCAUGAAGUGGACUCUUAAAGGGAUUUGAAAUGGAUUCCAAAUCACAGAAUUUGUGGGCAGACAGUAAUAAUAAUGAAGGAAACCAGUCAAAAUUGUAAUUUAAUGAUUGCCUCGCACCGGUUUUUGUCAAAACUAAUCCUAUGUUUCCUCUUUCUUUAGUUUUGUAUCCUCUUCUCUGCAGGUAAUGUUACUAGUUGAAAGUUUAUGUUCAUUUCAAGAAACAGUCAUUGUGCACUUAAUUUGUACAGAAUACUUACCCAGCAAAGGAAAAACUCUUAUUUUCAGAUGUCAGUGAAAGCAUGUGUAAGAAAACUGCAAGUAGCAAAAUAAAAAAAGUAAAAGUUUUGAAUAAAGAAAAAAAA